GGUCACGUGUCCCACUGGCGGCGGCGGACAGCUGGCUGCGGGUGAUAGCGGUCGGUGCAGCCGCCUGCUCCCGCCUCUUAGCCCGGGCUAUCUCAGCUCGGCCUCCGCUGACUGUACACUCCCCCCAGCGUAAGCAUGGGAGACAAGAAAAGCCCGACCAGGCCCAAGCGGCAGCCGAAGCCGUCCUCUGACGAGGGCUACUGGGACUGCAGUGUGUGCACCUUCAAGAACAGCGCCGAGGCCUUCAAGUGCUUGAUGUGCGAUGUGCGCAAGGGGACGUCCACCCGAAAACCUCGUCCUGUUUCGCAGUUGGUUGCUCAACAGGUAACCCAGCAAUUUGUGCCUCCCAUACAAUCAAAGAAAGAGAAAAAAGACAAAGUAGAGAAGGAAAAAAGUGAAAAGGAGACUACUAUUAAAAAGAACAGUCACAAGAAAACAAGGCCACGAUUGAAAAACGUGGAUAGAAGUAGUGCGCAGCAUCUGGAAGUUACCGUGGGAGAUCUGACAGUCAUUAUUACAGACUUUAAGGAGAAAACAAAGUCCCCACCAGCAUCCAGCACCACGUCAGUGGAUCAGCACAGUCAGAGUGGUUCUGGUUCUGAAAACACAGAAAGGGGAAUAUCCAGGUCAUCUUCACCCAGAGGAGAGGCAUCAUCAGUAAAUGGGGAAUCCCAUUAGUUCCCCCACCCCAAUCUCUUUAGUCUUUUAUCUGUUCUAUAUUCAGACAAGCAUCUUCUGACAAUAGUUACCACAUUUUCAUGAAAAGAAUUAUGUAAUGCAAAACUGGUAUAUUUUGAGAAAAGUUUAAGAAUGCACUUAUUUUUUUAUCUGUACAUUUGUAAGUGCACGGUUCUAGUCCACAUUUAAGGUGGAACUCUGAUCACAGCUCAGCUUGUAACGAAAAAUAACAAAAGAUCUGUGUAUGAUUUCCACAUUUACUCUCUUCUCGGGAAACAAUAUUGGACGUUUAACUGUGUUGUGAUGAGAGACAAAGUGAAAGCCACUUAAUGGAUUCUCUAAGAUUAAGAUUAACCAAGUAAAUGAAUGAGCAGAUGAUGAGUCUGAGCCAUGCGGGAUGAAAGUGGAGAUCUAGGAAAUGUCUUGUACGCGCUAUGGCAUGUGGACACACGGUUUGCUUGAUGUGUUCAUUUUAGACUCGGUUCCAGUCCUGAAGGGCCCUCCUCGGGGUAGAGAAGGGGGAUACCAAAGCUUGAAUAGCGGUGUGUGUCAAAUGCGGGUCCGUUCACUUUGAUUCUGCCCCCUCUGCUCAAGCUGAAAGAGCCUUAAAUGAUUCCUGUCACCUGGUCAGCACGGUCUGUUACACAUCAAGCAAAACGGUUAGCGUUUCCCAGCUCUUUCUACAACAGCAGCAUAUCGCAACUUUUAUAUGAUACCGGGGGUGGAUUUAUCAUUGACUAGAGAAUGUCUGGCACGAAGGUUGUACUCAACAUUCACAACCUUCUUCAAGGGUUGGGUUUAAGUGCUCGUGUAUAUGUGAGGGGAUGCCAACCACUCUUCACAAUCCAUUGAGUGUUAUAACAUUUGCUGCAUCUCAGAAAUAUAUAUAUAUAUAUUUUCUUUUUGUAAUGUGAGAGUUCACAAGAAUCCUUGUUAGUGAUGUCAUUCUUCCCACCCUCGUCUCAAAAUAUUCGAUACUUUCAGGCAAUGAAAGGGUGAACCCAAUAUUUUUCGUCUUAAAUGUUACAGAUUAAUGUGGAAGUGCCAUGGAAAUGUGGUUGAUCAUUUGUAAUACAGUGUUAUUAGUAAACCCAUACCCACCUUCACUUUUAGGUUAGUAUAUACUGACACAUAUUGAAUUGUUUCUUACCGGGCAUGUACUAAAAACAUUUUAACAUAGUUCAAGCUGCCUGAAUAUGUAUUAUUUGAAAAAUUGUGAUGCAUAGUUACGAAUACAACUGAAAAGUCAACUAUUACCGCUACAGGAACGUUAAAUUGAUUCUCUUAAAUGCACCUGCUGGUACUUGGUGUGAUUUUAAAUAGGAAUAAAAUUUAGCCUUUUUAUGAACUUUUUCCAUUUUUAAUGUAUACAUUACAUUUUUUUUUUUUGCUGAAUUGUGCUGCUAGUGUUUAGUAUUUCAUAUGUAAUAACUAGCUAGCAGUUUUUUUGGGGGGGGUCCCUAAAACACUACACUUUUUUGUUUUUCCACUGGAUUUCUUUAUUUUGAUUUCCAUGUGUUUUGCAUUUUAAAUCCGCUAUUUUGCUAACCUAAGAAAAAAAAAAAAUUGAAUGCUCCGUGUUGUCGCCGUUCCUUAAACUUCCAUUUCUUUUCCUUUCGAUAUGUAUGUAUCUUUUGACUUUGUCGUUUGUAUUAACAAUUCUAUGAAAUGUUGCACAACAGUGAGGAGGAAAAUAUAUUUUGUUUUAUAUUGAUGUUUUCUAUUUGUAGGACAUGAGGAUAUCCAUUUUAAAGGUACCUAUACCUCCAAGGUGAAGAGAGGUAUUUAACCAUACAGAAAAAUGUAGUGAGAAAAUGUUAAAAUUUCUGGUUCCAGACAUGCAGAUUCUGUUUUUGAACUCUAGUCAUGCUUUGUGGUGAGACCAUUAAUGCAUUCGGUAUUUGUGGAAACUAAAAGGCAAUUAAAUAUCUGCUUGGAAAAGAA